CAUUUUCAGGAGAACCACCGUUUGACGACUGAGGAAAACGCCCACGAGUGUGUGUGUGUGAGAGAGAGAGAGAGAGGCGCAUCUUUCACUCACUGGCCGUUCUCUUGUGGAAGCAAGCUAUGACCAGCGAAGGAUUCAUCAGGCCCGUAAGACUUCCCGCAACCUUCGAUCCAAUCUCUCUUAAUUAUUGCUAAUACUGCAAUUGUUGUCAUUGUAUUUAGUCAGUCUCUCCACCGAUUUCUUCUGAUAAAUCAACACAACCGCUGUUCUUUUCACCUUAUCUUCUACCAUAGACCCUAACAUGAGUUUUGAAUUUUUCUUGAGCUCUAUCUCUCUAUUCAACUAGUAAUUUGAAUUUCUAGAAUUAGGGUUUUGCUUUGGAAUGUUAGUUUUGAAGUCACUGGUGGCAAUCGGAUUUCAAAGUUGUGAACUUAGGGAUUUUUAUUUUUUGGGUGUUGCGAAAUUUAAGGCUUUGGUGAAUGGAAUUUAGGUUAUUGAUCCCUUUUCAAAUGGAAACUGCAGUCAUGGGCCAUGCAUCUAAGAAAUUCGGUUUUUGUCAGUUCUUGAUGUAAGGAUUCUUGCUAAAGGUAAUGUCAAUUUGGUUUCUUGGAUUGGUCUCUCUUGUUAGGUCAUAGUUGAGAAUUGAGAACUUCAUAUUGUGCGAUGUCGAUGAAUAACAAUAACCCUCCAAAGAAUAUUGGGGCUUCGUCCCCCUUUGGCAAUUCUCUGCCAGCAAACCCGACUGCCCAUCUCCAAUCGCAAUCGCACUCCCAAUCUCAACCACAAGUUGGUUCGGGCUUUCCGGGUCAAUUUCAGCUGUCUCAAUUCUCCGCAGCUAAUCCCCAGGCAAUUGCACAUUCAAAGGCUAUGGCUCACGCCCAAGCCCAAGCUCAAGCGGCACAUGCCCAAUUCCAAGCUCAGUUACAAGCUCAAGGGAUGUCUCUUAACCAGCCCAACAUGAGUGGAUCUUCGCCCUCGGUUUCUGGUGCUGGCGCAAAACGGCUGCCACAAAAACCACCAGUGCGGCCGCCUGGCUUUUCAACUGCCAACACUGCUUCGCCUAUGAGAACUCUGGAUCUUUCAUCCGCUGCUCGUAGAAAGAAGCAGAAGCUUCCUGAGAAGCAGUUGAAUGAGAGAGUUGCAGCAAUUUUGCCUGAAUCUGCUCUUUACACUCAGCUUCUUGAGUUUGAGUCUCGUGUCGAUGCUGCCCUUUCAAGAAAGAAAAUUGACAUCCAAGAGGCCAUUAAGAACCCUCCAUGUAUUCAGAAAACCUUGCGAAUUUAUAUUUUCAACAGCUUUGCAAAUCAGAUCCACACAAUUCCGAAGAAGCCGAAUGUUGAGGCACCCACUUGGACCCUUAAGAUAAUAGGGAGGAUCUUGGAAGAGGGUAUGGAUCCUGAACAGGCUGGCAUGUUUCAGAAAUCGAACUCUAUUUACCCGAAGUUCUCAUCUUUCUUUAAGAAAGUCACCAUUACAUUGGAUCAGAGAUUAUAUCCUGAAAACCACAUUAUUAUAUGGGAUAGCGCGCGAUCACCUGCAGCUCAUGAGGGCUUUGAGGUAAAAAGGAAAGGGGAUAGGGAGUUUACUGCAACUAUAAGGCUUGAAAUGAAUUAUUUGCCUGAAAAAUAUAAACUUUCAGGACCUUUGAUGGAAGUUCUUGGUAUUGAAGUUGAUACCCGCCCCAGAAUCAUAGCUGCAAUCUGGCAUUAUGUCAAGGCUAGGAAAUUGCAGAACACAGACGACCCUUCGUAUUUUAAUUGUGAUCCACCACUUCAGAAAAUAUUCGGAGAAGGAAAGAUAAAAUUCACUAUGGUGUCACAGAAAAUAUCACAUCAUCUGUCUCCUCCGCAACCCAUUCACUUGGAGCACAAGAUCAAGCUUUCAGGGAAUAGUCCUGCUGGAACUGCAUGCUAUGAUAUCUUGGUGGAUGUGCCCUUCCCUAUACAGAAGGAAUUGAAUGCUUUACUCGCCAACACAGAGAAAACCAAAGAGAUUGAUGCUUGUGAUGAAGCAAUUUGUACUGCCAUAAGGAAGAUCCAUGAGCAUCGCAGGAGGCGGGCAUUCUUUCUUGGAUUCAGCCAAUCACCAGUGGAAUUUAUCAAUACUUUGAUUGAAUCUCAAGGCAGAGAUCUGAAGCUUGUAGCAGGGGAAGCAAGUCGUAGUGCUGAGAAAGAGCGUCGAUCAGAUUUCUACAGCCAACCAUGGGUUGAAGAUGCUGUUAUUCGCUACCUAAAUCGCAAGCCAGCUGCAGAUGCUCCUGGAAGCAUAUGAAUAGUUAGGGGAUUUUUGUGCUGCUGAUGGGCAAGUAUGUAAUAGCUUCUUUGGGCUCCAUGCUCAUCCUUUCCAAUGGAGGAAAGAUGCAUGCUUGCGUAACUGUAGAAUUUAAUCCUUAGGCCAUUUAAGCUCUUCUCGGUGUUGCCAAUGGAUGACAUGCUUUAUGUUUAUUUAACCAAGAUGACAUUGAGGUUAUCUUUGCACAAUGUUUAACUGUUAAUGCUGGAUUCGGUGGCGCUUUGGUGUUCCUAUCAUCUUUAAUGCGUAUCAAUAUACUUGUUUCAAGUAAUAAUUUAAUGCAUAUUCACGUAGAUUCCACGUGGAUAUGGGAUUUUACAAUUGUCCUGGGACAUGAUGACCUCCAAUUUCAAUGAAAAGCAGUAAAAAUUCUUCUUUUGGUUUUUCUUAAUGGUCCUAGGACUUUAUGAAUUCCUGUUAUUCAU